AUGAGUGCCAUUGCUAUGAGCGCCGCAAAGAAGUACGCCGGCACCCAGGCGAAGAAGUACGAGCCGACAGACCCGUACUACGAGUUUAUUGUCGAUGCAAAGGGCAAGCGCAAGCGCGUCAAGCGCGAUGUCCCUCCGGGCCUCACCAAGCGGGACGAAAAGGCCCUCCGCAAGAUCCGCAAGCGCGCGCACUACCUCGACAAGGGCAUGAACCUGUGCGGAUUCCGUGUGGGAUGGACGUUCUGGAUCGGCAUUGUCCCCGGUCUCGGCGAUGUCACGGACGUCAUCCUCAACUACACGCUCGUGGUGCGGCCCGCCACCAAGCUCGACCUGCCCGGUUCCGUCACCGCGCAGAUGUUCUUCAACAAUGCCGUGUCGGCCGGCGUGGGCCUCGUCCCGCUCGUGGGCGACGUUGCGCUGGCGGCAUGGAAGGCCAACUGGCGCAACGCCCACAUCCUCGAAGAGUACCUCCGCCACCGCGGGGCGGAGAACCUGGCAAAGGGCGAGCAGAGCGGCUUGACCGAGCUGUCCGACCCGGAACAGGCCCAGCUGGCUGCUGACCUCAUUGGCGCGGCUGGCGAGGAGGUGCCCAUGCACGAGGCGGCGGCAGGGCUCCAGCAGCCGCUGCAGGCGCCGGCGCCCGAGGCGAAGAAGAAGGGCAAGUUCUGGAGCAAGAAGAACUAG